GACCAACCUCUAUCCGCAGCCUCAAUCCCGUAUCUUCUUCUCGGCUGAACGGUGGCUUAGUCAGGUUGCUCACUCUCUGCAAGUUCGCAACUACACAAGACUGGCACAUAUUUAUAAGGGGAAUAACCUCAAGGAGGACUCGUUUUCCUUGUUUUGAUUUCUGCUCUCUCAGUCAAACAGUCAGUACGAAAAUAACGUGCAUGAAACGACAGUAUACUGUCCAUCAUGCCCCUGUUUGCGCUCUUGCUGCUACUAGUCAGCUAUACUUAUGCCUAUCCAAUUUCCAAAGAUGCCAUUGAUAGAUUGGCAUUAUCCGGUCUGGUCAAACUCGAACGUUACCUAGCUCAGAACCCGGCUUCAGGGGGCUGCACGCUCAAAACUGCCGCAAAGCGAUCAGAAUGGGGUGAUCUGAGCAUCCGGCAGCGAGAGGACUAUGUCAAUGCCGUCUUGUGUCUCCAAUCACUUCCACCCAUAUCAGACAACGUCACGGUCCCAGGGGCUCGGAGCCGGUUUGACGACUUUGUUGCUGUGCACAUCAAGAUGUCGGGGUCUAUCCAUGCCACAGCAAAUUUCCUGACGUGGCAUCGAUACUUCACGUGGGCUUAUGAAAAGGCAUUGCGCGAAGAGUGUGGGUAUACGGGAUACCAACCUUACUGGAACUGGGGCCGCUACGCCUUAGACCCGAUUAACUCUCCCAUCUUCAAUGGCGAUGCAGCCAGCAUGUCUGGGAAUGGCGUCUACUCCGAAUACCCAGGCCUGCUUUUACCACUGUAUGAGGCCCCCUACAAUAUCGUCCCACCAGAUCAGGGAGGCGGUUGUGUCACAACAGGCCCGUUCAAAGACAUGAAAGUCAACCUGGGCCCCGUGUUUGCCGGCUUACCAGACGUUCCACCAAACCCGCAGGCCGACGGGCUGGGGUACAAUCCACGCUGUCUCCGUCGGGACGUCAACAAGAACGCUGCUGCCGCCACGACUUCGAACUGGACACAAUACUUGAUCGAGCAGAGCAAUAACGUGUACUGGUUCCAGACCAUCAUGAACGGACGCGCUGAGCGUGGGGAGUGGGGUGUCCAUACAGCGGGGCAUUUCACGAUAGGGGGUGACCCUGGUGGCGAUUUUUUCGUCUCGCCUGGUGACCCAGCGUUCUACCUACAUCACGGCAUGAUCGAUCGCGUGUAUUGGAUAUGGCAGCUGCAGAACCUGCCAGCUCGGCUUCACGACGUGUCAGGUACCAUCACCCCCGCGAACUCACCGCCGAGCCGGAACGGAACUCUAGAUGAUGAGCUUGACCUUGGACUUCUCGCUGAAAAGCUUCGGCUGGGGGACGCUCUGAAAACAAUGGGUGGGCUUGACGGGCAGUUCUGCUAUAUAUAUAAUUAGAGGGACAAGCUCGCAACGACUGAAGAAAAACAUGGAAACAUGGAUUGCAUUU